UCUCCUGGCCACUUCUGAAUUUUUCUGAAAUAAAAAAUAUUUGAAAGCGGGUUUUCCAAAAAAGCCUGCAAUAUCUUCCUCGUAGUGAAUGCUCUUCAUAAUAGAAAACGCCUAUGUGCCGCCUGUUACGCGCAAACAGCUCACCAAGAUAAACAAACAACAGACCUCCCACUGGUUUCGAAAUUGGUUGCGAUGUUCAUGCGCGGAACCGAAUAGAUUAAAGUCAGUGGCGGUGGCAAAUAUCGGGAGAUGUUACUAAACCGCAUUGUUCCCGCGAAAAAAUUGGCCCGGGGUGGGGUAAGCACCUGGGUCAACAAUGUGGCAUGCUUGGCAAGCCGGACAAUCCAGACGGGGCCGUCUAGUUCUUUGCCAGUCGACUCUUCUGACGGCAAGCCGAAUUUAGAGGUCCUUCAACCAUUGAAACGGGGAAUCACCAAAGUGCAAAAAAUUAGUAGAGCUAUGCAAGUUUACCUUGAUCGCGCUAGAAAACACGAAGACUUCCUUAAAAAACAGGGAGAAGAAUUUGACCUUGGCAAGAGACAUCUCGCCAAUAUGAUGGGAUGGGACCCCGACAAUAUAACUCAAGAAGACAUUGAUAAAGCGAUUGCAUACCUUCUGCCAUCGGGCCUGUACGAGCCCCGCGCGCGACCCAUGAUGAAGCCGCCGGAGGAUGUUUUUCCACGGGAAAAAGCUGCCGAGUUCGAUUACUCAGGCAGACCAUUUAAUUAUCUAUUUUAUACAGGUAAAGCCAAUUUUUACUGCUUGCUACAUGACGCCGUUGCCGAAUUGAACAAACUGAACAAACGCGAGGUCCGAAUGGUUCAGUUAGGUUACAGGUACGCUUCGGAAAAAUGCCAGAUGUCCUCGCGAGGUACUCGGUGGGUUACCAAAGCCGAAUUAGAAGAAUUGCUAGUCGAAACCUUAACUGGCGAGAACUAUGAAUAUUUCGUUCGCACUAUGACACGGCUUAUGGAGCAUCCGUAUUCUCUGGAAGCCCAGGAAUUUCUCUCAAAUUUACGGAGAAGUCAAGUUUCGAGUGUAGCUCAGCAGGUAAUUGAGCCGGUUAAGCACGACGAACAGGGUAAUCCGUAUGUGGAGGCUCGAGGUAUGCGGAAAUCUGCUAUCGCGAAGGUCGUUGUCUAUGGCAAUGGAACGGGUCGCGUCAUGGUAAAUGGCUUAUCGAUCAACGAAUAUUUCGCGGAGAUAAAGGACCGUAUACAGAUAAUGUUUCCGCUACAGUUUGCUGGUUUGCUCAACAAAGUUGACGUCAACGCUACGAUCUUCCUUAAAAAAAGUGAAUAUGUGGAGGGCGAAAAAGCGCAGUUAACUGAGCAAGAACUCCAGAAACUACGGAAGCCGGUGCGGCUAGGUGAAGGCUCCAUGGCCGAGGCUGGAGCGAUACGGCUCGCCAUUGCUAGAGCACUAUGCUCAUUCGUUAGCGAACAAGAAACAGAAACGAUGAGACUAGCUGGCUUGUUAACACAAGAUCCGCGUAUCCGUGAAAGAAAGAAACCGGGACAGAUGGGAGCGCGCCGAAAGUAUACCUGGCUCAAACGAUAAUAUUAACAGCAAUUGAGUUUACUUCAUUUUAAUAAAAUAGACCGUAUUGAUACA